UAUUUUAUUCUAAAUAUUUUUAUUUUUCCAAAUGUACAUUUUUUAUUUUGCAAUAAAAUGGCAGAAAUACAACGCGACUGCAACGAUAUUGCGAUAAUACGUGUUCACAUUUUUCGGUGUUAGAUUUUGCAAGAAAAAUGAAGGGAGAAAUAAAGGGAAAAGAAUUGAGGCGAAUAAGCUUCAUCAUUGGUCGAACAUUUAGUUUUAUAAUUGUGAGGAGCGUCGUCGAGAAUGACGGACAAUGGUAAAAGGUUUCACGAGCGUGUCGAUGUUGACAUUGUCGACGCGACGACAACAGACAACUGAUGAGCCGACGCCUCGUGAGCUAUCCCGUGAGCGACCGUAUGACCACUGGUGACCACGUGUGACUAAUCGACCUGGGGGAAGCAUUGUACGCUAGCUGGACGUUCCGCUCACAGCAUAGCUCGCAACUCGUAACACGGCUCAAUUAAUGGAAUGCGUGACAACGCGGCGCGAAAGAAUUGGAUUCCCCCGGCAGCCGUGAACACCAAAUAGUUUUUAUCUCGCGGUCGGUUAAAUAUUUAUUGUCGCGCCAAACAGCAGCGGACGGGGCGUUUGAUCGGCCGCCGCCGACAAAGUUCCUCGGUGCGCUAUAAAUGCGUAUUUAUAAUCUCGUCUGGGAUUCAAAUGAACACGGAUUAAGAGACUAUACUGUGCAUGAAACAACAUGAAGUUCGCGGAGCAUCUAUCCGCUCAUAUUACGCCUGAGUGGCGUAAGCAGUACAUUAGUUAUGAGGAAAUGAAAGCGAUGCUUUAUACAGCGGUGGAGGAGGCACCCUCAGAUGAAAGCGUAGAGCCAGAAGUGAUAUCACGUCAUUUUGCGUCGUUUGAUGAGGUGUUCUUUACAUUCUGUGAUCGUGAAUUAAAGAAAAUCAAUACAUUUUACUCCGAAAAAUUGGCAGAAGCAACGCGCAAGUAUGCAGCUCUGCAAAGUGAAUUGAAGACUGCAGUGGAGCUGCAUCAGGGAAGUGGGAAGAACAAGGGAAAGGCCAGCGCGAAGCCUCUUCUACCUACCAGAAAGCUCAGGGAUCUAAAACUUGCAUUUUCAGAAUUCUAUCUGUCCCUCAUUCUUCUUCAGAAUUAUCAGAACCUUAAUCACACUGGAUUUCGGAAGAUUCUCAAGAAGCAUGACAAGUUGCUAUCAGUCGACGCUGGUACAAAAUGGAGAGUCGAGUGCGUGGAAACGUCACACUUUUACACGUCCAAAGAUAUAGACAGAUUGAUUCAAGAAACAGAGGCCACUGUGACAAACGAUCUCGAGGGUGGCGACCGGCAGCGUGCCAUGAAGCGUCUUCGGGUGCCGCCACUUGGCGAGCACCAGAGCCCAUGGACUACCUUCAAGGUUGGCUUAUUUUCUGGUAGUUUCAUCGUUCUAUCUGUUGCAGUUGUUCUUUCAGCUGUCUUCCAUGACAGUGGGGAGAAUCUAAAGAUCGCAUUUAGACUAUAUCGAGGUCCCUUUCUCAUUAUCGAAUUCUUAUUUCUUAUUGGGAUUAAUGUCUACGGAUGGAGAUCUUCUGGUGUCAAUCACGUUUUGAUAUUUGAGCUGGACCCACGAAAUCAUCUUUCAGAGCAACAUCUCAUGGAAUUGGCCGCAGUUCUUGGAGUCGUUUGGACCCUCAGCUUAUUAAGUUUCUUAUAUAGUGCCAGUCUAAGCAUACCGCCGUAUGUCAAUCCAUUAGCAUUAGUUUGCCUCAUGCUGAUUUUUUUAUUAAAUCCGCUCAAGAUGUUUCGUCAUGAAGCUCGUUUUUGGCUACUGAAGAUCGUAGCACGCGUUUUAAUAUCGCCAUUCGCGUAUGUUAAUUUUGCUGAUUUCUGGCUAGCGGAUCAGUUUAACAGUCUGGCGACUGCGUUCUUGGAUUUUCACUUUUUAAUAUGUUUCUAUAUUACAAAUGGUGAUUGGCUGAAGGCGGGCGACACUAUGAAAUGCAUGUCCGGUUCUCUUAUUGUCAGGCCUAUUGUGAAUUGCUUGCCGGCAUGGUUUCGUUUCGCUCAGUGUGUUCGUAGAUAUCGAGAUUCUAAAGAGGCAUUCCCGCAUUUAGUUAAUGCUGGAAAGUAUUCCACGACGUUUCUCGUUGUCGCAGCCAAUACUUUAUACGCCUAUCACGCUGCGGAAUAUAACAAUCGAUGGGAGAAUCCAUGGUUAUGGCUAUGGGUGUGCAGCUGCCUUAUUAAUUCGAUAUAUUCAUACACGUGGGAUCUCAAGAUGGAUUGGGGCCUUUUGGACAGUAACGCUGGUGAAAAUCGUUUUUUACGCGAGGAAGUGGUUUACUCGGCAGCCUGGUUCUAUUAUUUCGCAAUAAUAGAAGAUUUUAUACUACGAUUUAUAUGGAUUGCGAGUUUUGUCCUCGUUGAAUGUGGAUACAUCUCUGGCGACUUAAUGACGUCUGUAGUAGCACCUCUCGAAGUCUUUAGGCGAUUUGUGUGGAACUUUUUUCGUUUGGAGAAUGAACAUUUGAAUAACUGUGGUAAAUUUCGUGCCGUACGCGAUAUCUCGAUAGCACCUAUAGAAAGUUCCGAUCAGACGCAGAUUAUACGUAUGAUGGAUGACGAAAACGGUGUACUUAACAGAGGCAAACGUAAAAGCGGCGGCAAAAAGCAGAGCAAUACAAAGGAAGAAAAACGAGCUUUGCUUAAAGAAGAAACUAUUGAUAUUGAUAUAUCAAAUGCCAGUUGAAUAUAUAGCUCAAGACUUUUGUACAAUGUUAUCUUUAAUUUUCUUUCCAACAGGAAGCCUUCGAAAUACUUAGUACUUAGAAAAAAUAGCUCGCACAAUUUUGUAAAUGGUACAUAUCAAUUUUGUUAGAAGAUAAAUGAUUGACAUAUGCUUUCCAGCAGAUGAUUAAGAAAGUAAAAUUGAUUAUAGUGCCUUUUAUGCUUCUUUUGUAUAAAAAAAAAUUACGAUAAAUAAUUCAAGAUAUAAGUCUGCACCUAGAGUCUUCCAACAUAAAAACGAACGCUGUAGCUUAAGUAACAAAUUUCAUAAAUUCUUAGAUACACCAUGCCUGUAUCUGCAUGUAGAAAGAUGCAAUGUGUUAAAACAUGUGCUUUUGUAUGUGAGCUUUAUAAAUUGUUAAUGAGGUAAUUUAGCCUGCCAUUUAGAUGCUAUUACAAACCAUAAUUUAUCAGUUACUAAUCGAUUUUUUUAUAAAAAUGCCAUUUUUUAAUAGUAGAUAAUCGAUACAAUGAAUAAAUAUCUGUUACGAGUAAAUACGAACAUUGAAAGUAGAAAGGAAAUAUUGACUACAUUCAGCAGACUCAACAGUUGAGCAACAUUACUAGAUUUUCCGUUAAAUAAUGCCGUUGAUUUAUUGGUUCUAUGAGUCAGAACCAAUCAUGUUCGAUUGCUACUUAGCUGCUGAGUCUGCUGAAUGCGCCCAAUGAUAUGAAAUAGUCUGAUGUUACUACACUCAUAACAGAAGUGAUACUAAAUAUGUAUUAAUACUAGGGAGGCUUUUAUAAAGUGCUUUAUAUACAUAACAUUGAACAUAACAUUGUACUUACAUUAUUAUUGUAUAUAAUUAUGUUGUAGUUAUGUAGUUAUAUAGUAAGUAUAUAUGGGGUUUGCGUGCGUAUGUAAUUAUAUAAAUUAUUUUCUAACAGCAG